AUGCCCUCCUUCGACGAAGCUCCCCUGCCCAAAGGCCGCCUGCUCCUCGUCUCCAACCGUCUCCCCAUCACCAUCAAGCGAUCUGAUGAAGGCCACUAUGACUUCUCCAUGUCAUCCGGAGGUCUCGUCGCUGGCCUGUCAGGACUCUCAAAAUCGACCAAGUUCCAGUGGUACGGCUGGCCUGGUGUUCAACUCCCCGAAGACGAAAUUCCACACGUGAAGCAGCGCCUCAACGACGAGUUCAGCGCCACACCCAUCUUCAUGAGCGAUGACCUCAGCGACCGCCACUACAACGGCUUCUCCAACAGCAUACUCUGGCCGCUCUUCCACUACCACCCUGGUGAGAUCACAUUCGACGAGUCGGCCUGGGACGGCUACGUCGAAGCCAACCGCCUCUUCGCCAAGGAAAUCGCCAAAGAUGUUCAAGACAAUGACCUCGUAUGGGUCCACGACUACCAUCUCAUGCUUCUUCCCGCCAUGCUCCGUGAGGAGAUCAACAAAGGUCCCAACAAGCGUAAGAAUGUAAAGCUCGGCUUCUUCCUCCACACUCCAUUCCCAUCCUCCGAAAUCUACCGCAUCCUCCCCGUCCGCAAUGAGAUCCUCCAAGGUGUCCUGCACUGCGAUCUCAUCGGCUUCCACACGUACGACUACGCCCGCCACUUCCUCUCUUCCUGCGCCCGUAUCCUCGGCCUCGCCACCACGCCCAACGGCGUCGAAUUCCAAAACAAACUCAUCUCCGUCGGCGCCUUCCCCAUCGGCAUCGACCCGGAGAAAUUCGUUUCCGGCCUUCAACAAGAAAGCGUCGUCCGCCGAGUCGAAGCCCUCAAAAAGAAAUUCGAAGGUGUCAAAAUCAUCGUCGGCGUCGACCGCCUCGACUACAUCAAAGGCGUGCCACAAAAACUCCACGCUCUUGAGGUCUUCCUCACCGAACACCCCGAGUGGAUCGGCAAAGUUGUGCUCGUGCAAGUCGCCGUUCCCUCCCGCCAAGAUGUUGAAGAAUACCAAAACCUCCGCGCGGUCGUCAACGAACUCGUCGGCCGCAUCAACGGCAAAUUCGGCACCAUCGAAUUCAUGCCCAUCCACUUCAUGCACAAGUCCGUCUCGUUCGACGAACUGGCAGCUCUCUACUCCAUCUCCGACGUCUGCCUCGUCAGCUCCACCCGCGACGGCAUGAACCUCGUGUCGUACGAGUACAUCGCCUGCCAACGCGAGCGACACGGCGUUCUCAUCUUGUCGGAAUUCACCGGCGCCGCGCAGUCCCUCAACGGUGCAUUGGUCGUCAACCCCUGGAAUACAGAAGAAUUGGCCGACGCGAUCCACGACGCGGUCACGAUGGGCGACGAGCAGCGCGCGAUCAAUUAUGAGAAAUUGGCGAAAUAUGUGGGCAAGUACACGAGUGCGUGGUGGGGCGAGAGCUUCGUCAGCGAAUUGACGCGCAUCAGCGAGGCGGCGGAGAAAAAGGCGAGAGCUAAGGAGACGGAGGAGGCGACCGAGGAUGGAGAUGUCAUGGUUGAGGGAAAUGGGGGGAUGAUUUUGAGAGACGAGAUUUACUAA